CGGGAGGAGCCUGAUUCGCACGGUGAUUGGAGGACCCAGAGCCGGGCGGAAGCGAGGCAGACAGGCCGGGCGGCGACCGGGACCAUGGCGGCCGCCCCGCCGCUGCGGGACCGCCUGAGCUUCCUGCACCGGCUGCCCAUCCUGCUGAAGGGCACAGCGGACGACGCCGCCCCGUGCCCCGGCUACCUGUUUGAGGAGAUCGCCAAAAUCUCGCACGAGUCCCUGGGCAGCAGCCAGUGCCUGCUGGAGUACCUGCUGGGCCGGCUGCACAGCACUUCGGGCCACGUGAAACUCAAGGUGCUCAAGAUCCUGCGAUACCUGUGCGGCCACGGCUCCGCCUCCUUCCUGCUCAUCCUCCGGCGGAACGCGGCCCUCGUCCAGGAGGCCACGGCUUUCUCAGGGCCCCCAGAUCCCCUGCAUGGAAACAGUUUGUACCAGAAAGUGCGGGCGGCUGCUCAGGACCUGGGAAGCACUUUCACGGACACCACUUUGCCUCUGCCCUCCUCACAACCCCCCAGGACUCUGUCUCCAGCAGGUAUGGGCUCGCAGUUCAGGCUUGACAGGACACUGCAGGGCUUCGGCUAUAGCCAGGACGGGGGCCAAUCAGGCUCUGCAGGCAAGGCCCUCCUGUCCACCAUCCAGAAGGCUGCAGAGGUUGUGGCCAAUGCCGUGCGCCCCGGGCCUGAGGACCCCGCCACCCACAGGCCCCUGCUCCAGGAUGACACCUACCAGCCAGCCCAUACACUGGGUGCCAGCCACAUCUGCUCUGUCCCUGGGAGUUGUGGGGCCAUCCCAGCUGCCCGAGAUGCCAGACACCAGCCAGGGCAGGCCGGAGGAGGUUGGGACGACCUGGACAGAAGCCUGAGCCCCCAGAGCUCCUCUCCGGGCAGCCGCGGGAGCAGGACCUCUGACUUGGGCAGCCGCUUGGGCAGUGACAGCCAUCCAGGUGCCAGCCGGGAAUUCGGGGAGUUGACAGAGAGGGCUGAGACUGUGGCCCCGAGCGACUGUGAGCAAGAGCUCAGCCUGGUGCGGAGGGUGACUCAGGGGUCCCGUGCCUUCCUGAGCCCCAGCGAGGUGCAGCGCUUCCUUAAAGAGUGCGGGCUGCUCAACUGUGAGGUUGUGCUGGAGUUGCUGGCCGAACAGCUGCCUGCAGCCGGCGAGUGUGAGCAGAUGAGGGCGCUGGGUGCCAUCGCUGCCCUUGGGCAUGCCGACCUGCUUCCCCAGGAACUCAUCCUUGUCCUCACCCGCCUUCGGCUGCAGGAGCUGAGCUCAGGCAGCCCCGGACCUGUCACCAACAAGGCCACAAAGAUCCUGAGGCAUCUGGAAGCCUCCUGCGGACAGCGGCCCCCUGCCCCACUGCCCCCGGCCUGGCCUGGCCCUGCCACCACCACUGCCCUGGACAGCUCGACUGACCUGCUGACCGCUGUAGUGCCGCCCGCCGUGGACCAGGCCUUCCUGCAGCCUCUGAGCCCUGCCCCCAUCUCGCCCAGGAGUCCUGUGCCCACCCCAGUGCCCGGGGACAUUGGGCAGGCUGAGACCAGGCCAGAGCAGGUUACCUCCCUGUUUGCUGGCAUGGAUCUGGUGGCUUGCCCUUCCCCGCGCCUGGCAGGGCCUGGCCCUGCAACAGAGGCCCCCCCCACACCUUGCCCGGGCGCCCAGGCUCCCCAGACCUUGGCGCAGGGAGCAGCCGACUCGGGGCCAUCAGUUUUCGCUUUCUUAAAUGCCUGAUGACCUGGAGCUGCCGCCUGCGGGGGUU